UUUUAUUUUUCAGAUCUAAGCAUGAAUGCAUAAGUCUGUGUCCGGCAGUGCAAGAAUUAGCCCGGGGAAGGAUUAUAUCAAAACUUAGAUUUGAAAAAUCUGCAUAACGAUCCAACUUCAGUCUCAGAUUAGACAUUUUAACGAUAGAUUAUUCUCAUACUGCACCACCUGAACCUUUUACCUUUCUCUAGCCAGAAAGAAAUUGAAUAGUAUUAUCUUUUGUAGUGGGGUUGAUAUAUGAUUUAUAUAUGAAUUUGUGUGUUUGAUGGAACCCCCAACUGAAUGCCAGUAGACGCUCUUGUGCCUGACAUCUACACUAGCACACACAAUACUCACAUACAAAUACAUAAAAUACCUCAAAUUCUUAAAAUGGAAAUUUAUAAAUCCAAGAUGGCGACCAAGUGAGCUCUAAGUGAACAUGGUGUGAGUAUAAGUGAAAAUAUCUGUGUAUAAGAUUGAUAUAAAGAUGUAGAUAAUGAUAAUGUUGAGGUGUUGCCAGAGAUCUAUACACCAGUAAUGAUCCUAUCCAUGAUUGAUUGAUUGAAUCUGCCAAGGGAACACCUUCUUUAGAAUGUUUCACCAGGUAGUUUUAUGUUCCGCACUCUUCCUUCUCCUACAAGUCGUCUUCCUUCCAACAGCUGCCGGAUUUAAUGAGGGUAUGGCGUCCUGGCAUGAAGGGGGGUCCAACUGGGAUUGGACGCUGCGUCCCCCUGAUCCUACAGAAGCGUCCCAGCUCACUGGACUCAAUAUUUGCACGAAGCAGGAAGCGUAUCAGCAAUCAGUGAGAGUUCAGUCCCAGCAACCCUACCAGCUACGAACCUACACCUGGUGUUGGUCAAUACCUCCUAAAUGUUCAAGAUACAAGAUACAGAUGAAAACAGUUUUCAAAACUGAGAUGAUCUCUAAGGUCCGGACUGUGAACGUGUGCUGUCAAGGGUUUACUAGAAGUGCCAACGGUACAACGUGCGUACCUGAAUGUACACAACCGUGUGUACACGGUACAUGUGAAGAGCCGGACGUGUGUCAGUGUGAUCAAGGGUUCGGUGGUAUCGACUGCUCAAAAUCUUGUCCCCCGGGAAACUGGGGCCCCCGAUGUGAAAAUAAAUGCCCCUGUUUGAACAGUGCUACAUGUGACCCAGUAUCAGGGGCGUGUAGCUGUUCCCCUGGUUGGCAGGGGGAUUCUUGUCAAUUUAAAUGUGACCCAUACAGGUUUGGACAGAACUGCCAGGAAGUUUGCAAGUGCCAAAACGGUGGUGUGUGUGAUCAUAUAUCUGGGGAGUGUAGCUGUGCUUCAGGUUGGAGAGGAGCAUUAUGUGAAGAACCGUGUCCCCCAGGGAAACAUGGAGCCAACUGUACAAACCUUUGUGCUUGUCAGAACCUAGGACAAUGUAACCCUGCUACUGGAAAGUGCUACUGCCCGAUGGGCUGGACGGGUUUAGUGUGUGCUAACCCCUGUCCCCCUGGGAGCUAUGAUAUAGACUGUAGAAAGCGAUGUGACUGUUACAACGGUGCUGUCUGUGAUCAUGUAAACGGAAAGUGUCAUUGCCUUCCAGGAUUCCAGGGAUCAAAGUGUGAGGACCAGUGCCCGUAUGGGAAGUAUGGCCAGGGGUGUGGAGAGAGAUGUCGGUGUGUGAGGGGGGUGUGCGACCCUGUGGACGGAAUGUGUACAUGUCCCCCCGGAUGGACAGGGCCCCUUUGUGACCAACGAGCUUGCAGCAGAGCAGAACUGUAUGGUCCACAGUGUUCCCUUAUCUGCAGAUGUCACCCUGACAACUCAGAAUUAUGUGAUCCGUGGAGUGGGGAGUGUAUUUGUAAACCUGGCUAUGCUGGAGUACAUUGUCACAGACCGUGUCCUAUAUACACCUAUGGAUCCCGGUGUGAAAGUCUCUGCUCCUGUAAGAACGGAGCCUACUGUAAUGGAGUGGAUGGUUCCUGUGCAUGCAGUCCAGGCUGGUUGGGACAGGACUGUAACCAAACCUGUAUUGCUGGCAAAUAUGGAAGAGAUUGCAAAUAUGAUUGUGAGUGUAAGAAUGGGGCAAAGUGCCACCCUACAAGUGGAAAAUGUGACUGUUCACCUGGUUGGCGAGGUAUAUUCUGUGAUACCCCCUGCUCUGCUGGUAGGUUUGGGAAGGAGUGUAAACAGGAGUGUCGAUGUAGGAACGGGGGCUCCUGCCAUCAUAUCACAGGUGAAUGCACGUGUCCAGCUGGUUACAAGGGUAGAGAAUGUGAGAUGGGAUGUGAACGCGGCAGAUUCGGGAUUAACUGCGCUUACUCCUGUGACUGCAACGUAGUGAAUUCUAACGGUUGUGAUCCUGUAACGGGAACAUGUGUUUGCAAACCGGGAUGGAGAGGUCAAAAAUGUGAUUCUAUCUGUGAGGUUGGAAGAUGGGGUUCAGACUGUACAUCUAGAUGUAAUUGUAUGCCAGGAAGCUCCUGUGAUCCUGAGACUGGUCAGUGUAGCUGUGCCCCUGGAUUCUCUGGGCCUAAAUGUGAUAUACAUUGUCCUAAAGGAUUCUAUGGAAUAAACUGUAGACAAGCUUGUCCUCCCUGUAUAGCAAGUUAUGGUGUUUGUGAACAUAAAACAGGACAGUGUGAGUGUACUCCAGGAUACAUGGGAUACUUCUGUAUGGAACCCUGUCCUAGUGGAACCUAUGGCAGGAGAUGUAUGGGAAGAUGUGACUGUAAAAACAACGGCGACUGUUACCACGUGUCCGGAAGUUGUCGGUGUCCAGGUGGAUGGAUGGGAACGGACUGCUCCCAACCUUGUGCGCCGGGACGGUUUGGCCCAGGCUGCACUCAUGACUGCUACUGCCAUAAUGGAGCCAGUUGUAACCCUGUGGAUGGACGUUGUAAAUGCCAGCCUGGGUAUACUGGGACACGGUGCUCUCAACUCUGCCCUGAAGGAUAUUUCGGACAGGACUGUGAGCAUGCUUGUCAAUGCCUUGGCUCAAACUACCUGUGUCAUCCAACCCUAGGAUGUGUCUGCCAACCCAGCUAUCACGGUCCGAACUGUACUGUUCCUGUAUCUGAGCCCGGAGGAACCUGGGAUUUGAACCCUCAGCUAGGUCCUAGUGAUAGUAUUGGGCAGGCGGCAACCAUCUUUAUAUUUAUCAUUACAGCUGCCGCCACGGUCAUCGUUAUCGUUCUUGUCGUCUGCUAUCGACGAAGGUUUCACAGACUAAAAACUGAGUUUGCACAUGUUCACUACAGAGCUAACCCUAGUACCCAACAAGCUGAAGAGUAUGAUGAAAACCUGUAUUCUUUGCCAGGGGAACCACUCCCUGGUCCUACCUCUCUAGGACCCCCUCCAUAUACCCCAAGUGGUCCCCCUCCCUAUUCUAACUCGGAGAACCUGAACUCGAAAAGGGAGUUAAAGGAAGAGCAUGUAUAUGAGAAUGAAGAUGGACAUCAUUUUGAUAAUCCUGUAUACACAACAUACCGUCCCUCAUCACCUCUAACAAAUAUAGAACCUUUAAAUAAUAUCAGGCUGAACAACCGGUUAAAUAAUAAGAAUCGUUUGAAUGAACGAGAACGUGCCGCGGCGUGCGCGCAUUAUCUUGAGGAAGACGACCUGUCUGAUUGUACCAGUGAAAAAGGAGUAGGAUGCAGUGGUUCCGGGUUCUCCUACUCUAGUUUGCACAGGAAGAAAUGUGAAGAUGCUGACUAUACAAAUCCAAACAUUAACUUAUACAACGCUAUAGACAAUAUCAAGGAUAACCGUGAGCUAGAAAAUGUAUAUGAUGAGAUUAGUAAGGGUCUGGUCAAUAAACAAACUGCAGAUAUAGAGGAGAGACUGGGAGAAGGUUUAGGAUACGAUAGAUUGGAUUUUAGUAGACCUCAAACUGAUCUUAGACCUCAGUAUCAAUCUACAAACACGCUCAAGUCCCUGGGGUCUCGAGAUAAUCUGGCGGAUAGUGGUGUUUCCUCAACCCAGAGCACUGGAACUGUUCCUUGGUCAUCUCAGAGUAAUACAGGGAGUAAGCUUACAUCUGCACGGAGUACCAGCACAGUUCCUUGGUCCUCAGGGAGCAGUACAGGGAGCAGAUUAUCUUCUGCUCGAAGUACGGGAGCAGUCCCGUGGGACGAGGAAGGAGCAGGAGUGGAUCAGGUUCAGGGAGCAGCUUUUCAAUCCUUUCGAGGAGAUCCAGGCAGUUCAAACCAGAGAAGGAGUUUACACGAGGGAACCCAGACUCUGGAGCGACGGAGCAACCGGAGAGAUGGUUCUGAGAGAUUAAAACGACGGAGUAAACCUGUUCAGAUGUCAGAAUUAGUGCGAUUUAACCCUGGAGAAGGUUGUCUAACUCCAGCACUACCCGGAGCUGAACUUGAACCCGAAGGAUGGGAAGGAUCAGAUAUCUUGUGAUAAACCUGUGAUAAACAGUGAACUCUCUAAAUUGUAGUAUUGAACUUGUUCUCAAGUUUAAAGAGACAAACCAGCAAUAAGAGUUGUGAACCAAUACUUCUGCUUCAUAUAUAUAUACAGUACAUAUUCGAUAGACAUAUUUUAUCAGUUUACUUCUUUAUCCAACAAAUAUUAGCAGUAUUGCAGAUAUCAGUUUAAUAAUAAUAUAGAACUAUAAUAGAGAUAAUUUAAUGAAGUGAAAUGGAUUGAAUUGCUUAUCUGCUCCAAUAUACCAUUUGAACCUGUCCUGUGCAGUUGUGAAUACCUAGAGUUAAAUUAUCUAGGUUUCUAACAAGAUAAUUGAAAUCAACCUCAACUUAUAUAUACUCUGUGAGGAAUACACCCAACUGCAGGGUGAGCUCAAAGAAUACAAAAAUUAAGAAAUUAAAAUUGUUUUCAUCCAUGUAUUGUAUAUCAUAAUUAACCAAUUUUAAAUUGUACA